ACCACCACCAAGAGCCUCUCUCCUCUUUCUCUUCACAAAUACACACAAACCUCUCUCCUCUUUCUCUUCACAAAUACACACAAGCCUCUCUCUCUCUCUCUCUCUCUCUCUCUUCCAUCAUGGCCAACUCGGUGAUGCCGUCUCCGAUGGGCGCGCCGGCAUGCGAGAAGGACGCUAAGGCGCUCGGGUUCAUCGAGGAGAUGACCCAAAACGUGGACUCGGUCCAGGAGAGGGUGCUCAGGGAGAUCCUGACCCGAAACUCAGGGACCGAGUACCUGAGCCGGUUUAGGCUCGGCGGGGCCACCGACCGCGGCUCGUUCAAGGCCAAGGUCCCCGUGGUGACCUACGAGGACCUCCAGCCCGAGAUCCAGCGCAUCGCCAGUGGCGACCGUUCCAACAUCCUGUGCUCUCAGCCCAUCUCUGAGUUCCUCACCAGUUCGGGUACUUCGGCUGGAGAGAGAAAGCUGAUGCCGACCAUUCAAGAGGAGCUGGACCGUCGCCAACUACUCUAUAGUCUCCUCAUGCCGGUCAUGAACCUUUAUGUGCCUGGGCUGGACAAGGGCAAGGGCCUCUACUUCCUCUUCAUCAAGGCGGAGACUAAGACGCCGGGCGGCCUAGUGGCGCGCCCGGUGCUCACGAGCUACUACAAGAGCGAGCACUUCAAGACCCGUCCGUACGACCCAUACAAUGUCUACACAAGCCCGAACGAGGCCAUCCUUUGCCCAGACUCCUUCCAGAGCAUGUACACCCAGAUGCUCUACGGCCUCCUCAUGCGUGAGGAGGUUCUCCGCGUCGGUGCCGUGUUCGCCUCCGGCCUUCUCCGUGCCAUCAAGUUCCUCCAGCUCAACUGGGAGCAGCUAGCCCACGACAUCGCCACCGGCUCCCUAAACCCUAAGGUCACUGACCCCGCCAUCCGGGAGUGUAUGUCCAAGAUCGUGAGUCCUAAACCGGACCUUGCCGAGUUCAUUCGAAAGGAAUGUUCUGGCGAAAAUUGGGAUCGGAUCAUAACUAGGAUUUGGCCCAACACUAAGUACUUGGAUGUGAUCGUGACUGGGGCUAUGGCUCAAUACAUACCAACCCUGGAAUAUUAUAGUGGUGGCUUGCCCAUGGCAUGCACUAUGUAUGCCUCAUCCGAAUGCUACUUUGGGCUAAACCUAAAACCCAUGUGCAAGCCCUCAGAGGUUUCGUACACGAUCAUGCCGAACAUGGGAUACUUUGAGUUCCUCCCCCAUGACCCGUCGGCCCCUCCCCUGUCACGGGACUCCCCUCCCCGACUCAUCGACCUGGCAGAUGUCGAGGUUGGGAAGGAGUACGAGCUUGUCAUCACAACCUAUCCAGGCCUCUGCCGGUACCGGGUCGGUGAUAUCCUCCAAGUCACAGGCUUCCACAACGCUGCCCCACAGUUCCGCUUCGUGCGGCGGAAGAAUGUGCUCUUGAGCAUCGACUCAGACAAGACGGAUGAGUCGGAGCUCCAGAAGGCUGUGGAGAGUGCGUCGGCGCUCCUCCGCGAGUUUAACACUAGUGUGGUCGAGUACACAAGCUACGCCGACACGAAGACCAUCCCAGGGCACUACGUCAUCUAUUGGGAACUGCUUGCGAAGGAGCCAAACAAAGCACCUCCUAAUGAGGUACUCAACCGGUGUUGCCUCGCCAUGGAAGAAUGUCUCAACACCGUGUACCGGCAAUGCCGGGUGGCAGAUAACUCCAUUGGGCCUCUAGAGAUAAGGGUGGUGAAAAAUGGUACAUUUGAGGAGCUCAUGGACUAUGCAAUCUCUAGGGGUGCUUCGAUCAAUCAAUACAAGGCACCGAGAUGUGUGACUUACACGCCUAUGUUGGAGCUUCUCAAUUCAAGGGUGGUCUCGGCGCAUUUCAGCCCUAGUGCGCCGCACUGGACCCCUGAACGACGUCGCUGACCGGGUGCAGAUCAUGAUCGGAUCUAGUCAGAUCGACUGGAAAAAAAGGGAACAAGCUUUUGGUCCUGUCUCUGCCGCCGUAUCAUAUCUCUCUCUUGCUGGACAUUUUCUUAACUUUUCAAAAGUGUCUCUUUAGCUCUUCUUUUGAAUUCCUGGCGUUCCAUGUGUUGAUGCGGAAUAAGAAGUUCAGAUAAUCUGGGCGAAUGAUGUAAUUGUCAAUGUGUUGUAGGCCUCAAUGUUUAUUCCGUUUUGUGUCGCUCUGCCUUCGCUUUCUUCUUUCCCAAAAGUUGAAGACAGAGACUUGUAAAAAUGGGGCUUGUUUUGCAGGUGAUGGUAAUGGCAAUUUUUUCUAAAUUUGUGGAAA